GCAGUGGUGCGAUGAUAAAGCGUUUCAGUCGACAAACAUUCACCUCACAGCCGGCACACACAGACAGGAGAAGUUAACCAGACACGUUAUAGUUAGAUUUUGUUUAGAGGACCAGUGUUUAGUGUUGUCGCUGUGUGAGCUCGCUCUUAUUGUGACUGUUUUCUGACUGUUGUUGUCAGGCUAACAUUAGCUUAGCACAGGCUAGCUUCCCUCUGUCCUGUUGUUGUGAUUUCUGCCCCGACAAGCGCUCAAACCACCGGAGAGAAGACCGGGGAAACAUGACGCAGAUCAGCGGUAUCCAGUCACGGUGCCUGACAGUAACGUUACAGUUGAUUUUAGCUGCCGCCCUGCACCAGAGUUUUGCGACUGUUGCCCCGCCAGUGACCGCCCCACCACACAAGGAGCCCAGCAGACCCGAGAGGGGAAACUACAAUGUCAGCAGCAGCAAUGGCACUGUCUGUUUACUGGCGUCCAUGGGCCUCCAGCUCAACAUCACCUUCAAUUCUGCCUCCCUGAAUAAGACUGUGCAGGAGGUUGUGAACCUUCAGCCCAAUUUGACAAAGAGCUCUGGUUCAUGUGGCCCAGACAUCGCCUCCCUGCGACUCACGACGGAUGGAGAGAAAACUAACCUCACCUUGUUCUUCUCCCUGAAUACCACAUCCAGCAAGUACCACUUGAGUGAGGUGUCUCUGUCGGCUAUUUUACCAGACGUGAAAGAGCCCUUCUCAGCCAAUAAUGGCAGUCUGGACUACCUGCGAGGCACCCUGGGGUACUCGUACAUGUGUCGUGAAGAGCAAACUCUUGAUGUAGCUCAAGGUUUGUCCAUCAACACCUUCCAGCUGCAGGUGCAGCCCUUCGGCCUCGCCGGAGAACAGUUUGGAGCAGCUGAGGAGUGCCAGCUUGAUGAAGAUGACAUGUUGAUCCCCAUCAUAGUCGGAGCAGCUUUAGCUGGUCUCGUCCUCAUCGUGCUCCUGGCUUACCUCAUUGGCAGGAAGAGGAGCCAUGCUGGCUACCAAACCAUCUGAGGCGGCCUGUUACUCACAUGUCUCCAGAGGCCAGAGUGCGCUAUCACACCCUUACAAUUAACCACUGUUACAAGACUUAACACUCAACUUUGUCUCCCUAUAUCCCUCCAUCCUUCAACUCCUUGCUGCCUCUGUGUGUGUGUGUGCUUCUCCUCAGCCCUCAUCGGUAACACUAUUCAUUAUCACUUUGUGGAGUUUGUUGGAGGUUCAUAUAUGCUUUCUGAACUGACCUGCUCUUUCAUAAGAAAAAGGGACUUUGUUGGAAGAUUGUAAUAAGUAAAAACUCUAAACUGUUACCAUGUAUAGCAGAGGAUCCAUGAGUCCUCAAAUUGUGUUGUACUAUUUAUGAUUUCUGUGAAAAGGAAUUUUGAGGGAUUUUGGGAUUUGAGGAAAUUGCUACUCCAGCUUUUCUUAUCGUUUAUCUGUUUCCGGAUAAAUAUUUUAGCGGUCUCGACAUUAAGGAGGUUCGUUAUUGUAAAGGGAAUAUUACUGGCUGCUUAACGCUACAGAGCAAACAUCGGACAUUUUAUUUUGCAACUCUACAUUUAGCUCAAGUAAACAGAUUCUAGAGAACAUGUUGUACCACUGUCGACAAACACUAACCUGUUCUUCUUGAAGAUGUGUGAGGAGGAGGAUUUCACAAAACUAUUCCUUUAGGGGAUAGUAACCACUCCUUUUGGAUUCUACUGUUACAAUAUAUAUACACACACAUACCAGGGAUUGCUUAAUCAGUCUAUAAAAAUAGCACAUUUGGCUUCAGUGGAUAAAAAGCUCAGGACAUCACUGUAGGAACGUAAUAGUGUUGAUUUCUUAUAUUCCACUGGGUGGUUAUGUUUUUUUUUGUUUUUUUUAUCCCUGAAAGGUCCCACUUGGGAUUUUGGUUGCUGUAGGGAAAGAAGUUGCACUAUAGUAGUUAGAAACAGCCCCGUGUAAUAAUUUAAAGAUGGCCAAAAUGCUCUGGUCAGUGUUCAUCAGUGCCUUCCCAGCUGUAACAGAGAUGGGAUUAAAGUAAAGCCAAUAACUCACUCACUCACUCACUGACACUGUGUGCUGCCAUGUUUGGGACAUUUUCUUUGUGUCUCACAUAGCCUUCAUGUACAGAACUGUUAUUACCAUAAAUAUGCAUUGUUUGAUGUAAUAGGAGAAAGUACAGAUAUUUAUGUUUUUUUUAAUGUUUUCCUCCCCUCUCUCAUCUAAAUACUCAUGUAGUGAUUUAAUGUGGUUUUAAUGGAUUGUUUGAAAUGUUUUCUAAAGGCAUCAAAGGUCAAUAAAAGUGAACGACA